GGAAUGUGUUUUGUGUUAUUCUGUCUGAGCAGGUAUUUGUGAUGAUAGAUCUUGAGAAGAUCUUUCCGACGCAACAAGAAUCGCUUCAAUCGGAGCAAGAACGCGAAAGCUAUGAAGAUUCAAAGUUCAUGAGCUUGCGUUACAAUUGCGGCGGUUACAAAGUGAAGUUGUAGGUGGUGUUCUAAAGGUUGGAUGUGACUUCCGCUAAGGGGAAACUCUGCCGAAAUUUCGUGGGCGCCGACACUUGUGAAAAUAUCGAGGGAGCUGAGUGUGGACAGCAAAGGGGAGCUGAAAUUCGUCAUUUCCCAACGAGAAGAUGAAUGAGAGAGGAGGAGAUGCUAAUGGAAGAGGAGCUGUACCUGAGAAGACAAAUGUUCGAGCACAUCAAGGAUCUUGUGGAAGCGGAUGAUUCGUGUCCAAGGGCGUGGAAACUACUACGCGAUGUGAUUCAGCCCAACACUCUCCCGAUGGUGAUCGUGCUCGAGAAGGAACUUGCUGCCAUCUCCAUGCAACCAGGGGACGAUGUGAAGCCGGUCCUUAACAAGAUCAAGGACACCUAUGCAAGGAUGGCAGCAGCGGGCAGCAGUGUAUCUCAGCUGCAGCAGUGCACCAAGAUCAUCUCGGUGAUGGACAACUCUUGGGACAACCUCAUCCCCACCCUCAACUCUCAGCAAGAUCAAUGGACACCUGAGUGGCUAAGGCAACAGAUUCUGCAGGAGGACUUCCGCAGACGCCAUGUGGGAGGCGGUGCACAAGGUGAAGGUGCACAAGGUAAUGCCUAUCCUGGUUUGUUUCUUAUGGUUGAGAAUGUGCAUGGGCAUGAGGGUGAUGUGGGAUCUGUGGGAAAGGUUGUGAUGCACCCUCUCACGCACUGGAAGAGUAAGGCCGAAGUGACCUUUGGACCAACCAGCUGCCGUGCUAAGCUUGGGAAGAAGGUGCUGUGGAGUCUGGAAGAGGAGACCAGCUGCAUCAAGGACCUAUGGCAGCUGCCCAUCAUCCCUUGGAAUGGGAAGACUCCAACAGCAGCAACGGCAGCAGCGGCAAAGGCAACUGCAGGAGGAGAUGCAACUGCACCAACUGAUGGGGAUCACAAGGGGUGGCUGCUAUGGGACUUGACCACCCAGAAGUUGACAGUGUCAAGGGAUGUGAAGUUUCUUGAGUCCCUAUACUACAAGGAAUGGAAGCAGCAGCAACAGAAGCUUCCAUCUACACCGCUAAUUGUGGAGGCAGAUGAGAUUGAGGAAGAUGAGAUCGCUCAUUGCUACUGGGCACCAAUCCCUGAGCCCAAGACUCGAGAGGAGGCCUUGAAUGGACCAAAUGGGGAGAAGUGGAAGGCGAGUGAGGAUGAGGAGUUCGGGUCCCUGAUUGAGAACGAGACAUGGGACCUGUGUGACUUGCCUCCUGGGAAGAAGGCAAUCACUUCCAAGAUGAUCUACAGGCACAAGUAUGGACCUGAAGGGGAGCUGACCCGCUACAAGUCUAGGCUUGUGGCACGGGGGUUUCAGCAAACAAAGGGGAAGGAAUAUGAUGAGAGGAAGUACUGUGAGGGGCUGGCUGAGAAGUAUGGGCUGCAAGAUGGGGGAAAGCCAGCAACACCACUACCUUCAGGGUUUACUGUAGAGCCAUGUUCUGAUGAGGAGGUAGUGGGUGAGAGUGACAGGAAGCUGUUUCAUUCGAUGGUUGGGUCGCUGAACUAUGCUGCAAAUCAUACACGGCCUGACAUUGCAUUUGCUACAUCACGGUAUUUGUGAUGAUAGAUCUUGAGAAGAUCUUUCCGACGCAACAAGAAUCGCUUCAAUCGGAGCAAGAACGCGAAAGCUAUGAAGAUUCAAAGUUCAUGAGCUUGCGUUACAAUUGCGGCGGUUACAAAGUGAAGUUGUAGGGUGACUCUAUAUUGAUUUGGGACCUUUGGGGUUGGGGAAAUUCGUCACUCUACUGUAACAGCUGCAAAUUGGUUGGGAACAACCAAGCUAGGUUGGCAAGGGUGGCCAACUUGGAUGGAUUGGUUAGGAAGGGACAAAGGUCAAAGUUGAGGUUCCUAUAGGGAGGGAAUCUUUGUGCGUAUGGGGUUUCCUUGGUUGGGGACUCUCUUGGGACCUUCCCUCUCAUCCCUCUCUUCUAUCCCAACCUUUCUCU